AUGACAACAACCGCAACGACGACAACAGAUAUAACAACUAUAUCACAUUUAGUAUCAUAUGGAAAUGGAUCAAUAUUUGUUGCUCCGACAUGUCCAAGUCAAAGUCUUGGUACUUCAUGUAACAUAUCUUCAAAUCUAUGUACAAUGACUCAACCAUGUUUAAACUCUGCAACAUGCCAUACAAAUGCAAGUGCCUUACUUGGUUAUAUAUGUGCAUGUGUUACCGGUUAUUCGGGCACCAAUUGUGAAUAUGAUGUACCUUCAUGUUCACAUUGUCUUAAUGGUGGUAAAUGUAAUUCAACAGCAAAUGAAACUACUUGUACAUGUCCCACGGGCAAAUUAGGUGGCCAUUGUCAAUAUGAAGUUGAUAUAUGUGCAAACAUAACUUGUCAAAACUAUGGUGUAUGUUCAUCGAGCUAUGGCAAUUGGUCAUGUGAAUGUAUUAAUCCUGAUUUCUAUUCAGGUACAUAUUGCCAAAUAAAAUCGUCAAGUUUACGUGUAAAAGAAAUCGUUUCACGUUCUUUUGCUUGUGUAGCAAUUGGUUGUAUAUCAACAGUUAUUGGUUUUGUUAUUCUUAUGGAUGUAUUAAAAUAUGGUUUUCAUAUCAAUCCAAGUGAACAUGACUUAGAAUCAUGGAAAGCAAAAAAAAAUUAUCAUCGUCGCAAAGAAGAGAGACACCGAGCGGACGAACGACAAAAGAAAUACAAUCAAUCCAAACAACCAAUUUUAGCUAUACGAUUCAGUUACAUUGAUGCUGCAACAUAA